AUGGAUUUUGAUCACCUUGCACAGCUGCAGUCAGAUCGAGUUUUCCAGGUGUGGAUACAGAAUUUGGUUAGAAACUCGCCGGAGGAACUGGCGGGCAAGCUUGCUUCUCGGCAUUACCCUGGUACUCCAGCAACAGCUUCACGGUUUUCGAAUGGCGCUUUCAAUAUAUGUUAUAGAGUCACUUUUGAAAAUGGACAUCGCGUCCUUGUUCGCUUUACUGCUCUUGGUCGGGUCAUCGCUCGCAAUGAAAAGGUCGAAGAUGAGGUUGCUAUCAUGAAAUAUGUUGCCCAGCACACAACGAUCCCCGUUCCAAAGGUCCUUGGAUUUGGCAAGUGUGUGGAGACAGUCACGUUGUGUUCGAGCAUCUCUCUGUCUGUCUUGAAGAGAUCCUAUUUCAGCAUGGCUGAAGUCCUGCUAGAGCUAUCGAAGCCUGAAUUCCCGUUUAUUGGAGCUAUCAGACAGGACGAGUCAGGUAACUGGACUGUGCACAAGCGUCCGCUCACUUUCAACAUGAAUCGGCUCUCUCAGUUUUCCAAUAUUCCACACAAUGUCUUUGAACGCCGGCGUUUCGACAAUGCCGCUGAUUACUUUGAGGAGCUCGCCCGUCAACAUUUCUACCACCUUGAGUUCCAGCGCAAUGAUGCAGUUAUAGAUGAGGCCGACUGCCGGAAGAAAUACAUCGCGCGCUGUCUUUUCCGCAAGUUAUCGCGUGAGAUAUCCAAAGAACACUGCAGUGGUCCUUUCCGGCUCUAUUGCGAUGACCUUCGCCCGGACAACGUUCUUGUUGCCACAUCAAAGCCUGUUGUCACCGGAGUGGUCGAUUGGGAGUUUACCUAUGCUGCUCCGGUUGAGUUUACAUAUGCUGCUCCUUGGUGGCUCUUAUUGGAGCGUCCGGAGGACUGGGAGCCCGAUCUCGAUCAAUUUUUGUUGCGCUAUAUGCCGAGGUUUCGCACUUUCCUUGAGGUGCUUCAAGAUUGUGAGACUAGAAAAAUCAAAGACGGUUCUUUGCUGGAAUCCCAGCGUCUAUCGAUCGCCAUGAAGAACUCGUUGGAGACGGGGCUAUUUUGGAUUUGUCUUACUUCACGGCACGGCUCUAUGUUUGAUGAAAUUUACUGGAGCUUUAUUGAUCCAAAAUAUUUUGGCCCUUUUACAACAAUUGAGGAUCGACUUGGUCUGCUAAGUGCCGAAGAGCGGGCGGCCAUUGACUCUGUUGUCGAGCAGAAAAUGCACCAGGCCAGUGAAGGAAAUUUAGUUUCUCAUUACACCAUUGAUGAACUAGUUGAUCUAUAA